AUGAUCACAAGGCUUCCCUCUGCGGAUUUCCAUGUCGUGAUCGUCGGCGCUGGCUUGGGAGGCGCUGCAUGUGCCAUCGCUUGCGCACGACAAGGUCUCCGGGUUACGCUGUUUGAUGCUGUACCUAAGUUCUUCCCACUUGGGGACAGCGUUGGCUUUGGCUCCAACACCACCAAGCUCUUCAAGCGAUGGGGAAUGUACGAUGACAUGUGGGCCAUCUCAUCACGGGCUGAAGAGUCAGUCAUGCGAAACUGGGACGGUGCUGUCAUUACUGUGGACAGCACACUAGGGCAGGCUGAGGAACGGUACGGUCACAAGGCCCUUAUCGGACACCGAGGACAGUAUCACGAGAUCUUCAUCAAUCACUGCCGAAAGAAUGGUGUCGAUGUGCGCAUGGGCGUGAAGAUCGAGAAGUACGACGUGGCAAAGCCAAGUGUUUUCCUCCCAACCGGCGAAGAGAUUCUGGCCGAUGCAGUGAUUGCGGCAGACGGUGUGAAGAGCCAUGGUCGGACACAGGUCCUUGGAAUUGAAGACGCUCCAAUCCACUCAGGAUACGCAGUAUGGCGUGCCUACAGUGACUCGGCUAUAUUCAAGGAUGAUCCGCUGGUAUCGCCUUUACUUGACAAAGACACCACCCAACUAUGGAUCGGACCGGAUCUCCACGGAUUCGUGACGACUAUAAGAGAUGGCACCGGGAUCAAUGCAGUGCUCACGCACAAGGACGUUGCCGAUAUCUCAGAAGGUUGGAAUCUUCCCGCCGAACGACAGGACAUCCUAGAUGCGGUCAAGGGCUGGGAUCCUGUGUUUGUACGUGUCUGGGAAAAAAUCCAAAACAUCAUUGAUUGGAAACUCGUCUACCGCCCCUGCCUUGACCAGUGGGUCAAUUCCACCGGUCUCGUUGCUAUCAUGGGUGACGCUCGCGGUCCUUUCUUACCCACAAGUACCCAAGGAGCAAGCCAGGCUGUUGAAGAUGGCGCCACAGUCGCACUGUGCCUCGCACGAGCCGGCAAGGGCAAUGUCCCUCUUGCGCUGAGGACGUAUUUUGAGCUCAGAUAUGAGCACGUAAAGGGAGCCCAGGCUAUCGGCAUAAGUCAGAGAACCAAAUGGCAUUCCUUACACAACAAGACGAGUAUGAAGAUGGAAAAGGAGCUGGACACUAGCAAGGGCAUCUUAGACAGUUACAGCUUAUGGACGCACGAUGCUGAGAAGGCGGUGGAGGACGGAUGGAAUGAGGCGAGUGCUAAGGUCAGGAGGGAGAUGCAAGGCUCGAAUCAGACCGUAUAG